AAUGUCGUUCUUCGCCUCCAAGUAAACACCAAAUCAUAAACCUCUCCCCGGAAGCAGAUUAAUUGUGAGAGUAACUUGACAUAGGGUGCAGCGAUUCGGAGGGAGGGGAAAGGAGUAAUCUGUGAUGUCGUACGCGACGGCGGUGAACGUGAUGCUGGCGGUGCAGGAGAAGAAGACGGCCGCCGCCGACCUCUACCGCUCGCUCCGACAGUACAUCGCCGUCACCUACGGGGAACGCGAGGCCCAGGCGGCGGAGGACGACCUCGAUGCCGUCCGCCAGCUCCGCCUCGACCUCGAGAAGCCGCCCGAUGCCGCCUCCUCCUCUACCGGCUCGCGCCGCGACCUCCUUCUCGCCUACUACCGCGCGCUCUCCCUCAUCGAACCCCGCUUCCCCAUCUCUCCCGAUCGUGCCCACGUGCACUCCCUCACCUUCACCUGGUUCGACGCCUUCAAGCCCUCUAAGAAGGCCUCCCAGCAGUCCAUCCACCUCGAGAAGGCCGCCGUCCUCUUCAAUCUUGGCGCCGUCUACAGCCAGAUCGCCCUCUCCGCCGACCGCGCGGAUGCCGCGGGCCUCAGACAGGCUUGCAAUGCCUUCCAGAGCGCUGCUGGGGCGUUCGCCUACCUCAAAGAUAACGCCGCAGCCAGGGCCACCGCUUCCGGGGCGACCACCGUCGAUCUCUCUGUCGAGUCCGCUGGGAUGCUGGAGAAGCUCAUGCUGGCGCAGGCUCAGGAGUGUUUCUUCGAGAAGGUUAUCGGGGAUGCGAAGCCCCCCGUGAUCUGCUCCAAGGUCGCCCGCCAGGUUGGCCUCUACUAUGAGGAAACUUAUGCUGCUCUGAAUGCUCCACCUCUCAACCAGCACUUUGAUCGUACUUGGAUCUCGCAUGUGCAACUUAAGGCGGCCCAAUAUUAUGCAGAAGCUUGCUAUAGAUACUCAAUGGAUCUUCACGAGAGGGAAGAAAUUGCUGAAGAGAUCACUAGGCUCAAGAUUGGGAUAAGCGCCGUUGCAGAUGCAAAGAAAUCGGCCAGGGGUGUUGCUCAGCCUCUGCUUGAUGCUGUCAACAAGCUAGAGACUGAUAUGAACCGUAACCUGGAGAGGGCUAUGAAGGAGAACAAUCGUGUUUAUCUCAUGCGGGUUCCAGAAGCAAGUUCUUUGGCUGCUUUGCCCGCAGCACCUCUUGUCAGGCCAACUCCAAUGGCUGAUGUUUUAGAUGCUAGCAAGGAGAGGCUGUUCUCCAGGCUUGUUCCAGACAGCAGCACAAGGGCUCUCUCCAAGUACACAGAUAUGGUCGACAAUAUCAUCCGGACACAAGCAGAGAAGUUGCAGCAAGGAAGUGAGAUAACAAGAGUUAAACUCAAGGAGAUGGACCUCCCAGAUUCUAUAUUAGCAUUGGAAGGUAAUUUUAAUCUGCCAUCGGAUCUUAAGGAGGAUGCGGAAGCAGUUCAGAUCAGUGGUGGCCCUUCCGGGCUGGAAGCUGAGCUACAACAACUCAGAGACUUGAGGAGAGUUAAUCAGGAGCUCCUUGUCCAGACUGAGGAGUUACUGCAGAAGGAAGCAACCGAGGAUGCGCAAUUCCGAACCCAGUUCGGAACAAGGUGGACCAGACCUCAGUCAAGCACCCUGACAAAGAACCUGCAGGAUCGAUUGAACAAAUUUGCUGCAAAUCUUAAGCAAGCUGCUGAUAGUGAUGCAAGGAUAGAACGGACUGUGAGAGACAAUUUUGAUCUUAUGGCAAUCCUUGACCAUAGACCGAUUGAAUCAGCACUACCGAGUCUUGCAAGGCCUAUUAUGUCCUUGGAUGGCAAUGAAGAUGCUAUAGUGGGAGCACUUAAACUGAGUUUGAGGCAAUUGGAGAAUCUAGGCGCACAGAGGGCAGGUCUUGAGGACAUGUUAAAAGAGAUGAAAAGAAAGGAUGAUAUACUGCCAAAGUUGAUGGCAAACACUGGAUCACAAGAGGAUCUCUUCAGGAAGGAGAUAUCUAAGUAUGAUCAGAUAUGUGAAGAAAUUGCUCAAAAUAUUGAGGCGCAGGAGCAAUUACUGCUUCAGAUCCAGGCACAAAAUGAUGAGUUUUCUGCUGUAUUCAAUCUGGAAGAUUACAAAGUUGCCCGUGAAAAGUGUUACAAGCAGAUCUCUGCUGCAAUAGCAAAAUAUCGGGAGAUUAAGGAGAACAUCAAUGACGGAUUGAAGUUUUAUGUGACUCUUCAGGAUGCAAUAACAAACAUAAAGCAGCAAUGCAGCGACUUCGUAAUGACCAGAAACAUUCAGUGCCGUGAUAUGAUCGAGGAUGUGCAGAGGCAAUUAGCUGGACUCAACUUCAAAGGUGAUGGUAAAGUGGGUUACAAUUAUCCUUCUGCUGAGCAAUCCAACCUUCAGAGGAUUGCAUCUCAACAAGCUGAGCCACAGAGUGUUCCGCCACAUCCUGCCAUGACUCACCAUCAUCCACCCAGAGAGCAGCCCAGGCCUGGAUACUCUCAUCCCUACCCUACGUAUCCGACACCACAGCAGGCCCCUUAUUAUUCUCCAAGUGGUCAAGUCCAUCAUCCUCAACUGCAAUCCAACCAAGAAUAUGGGCAACCAGCUUAUCCAGGGUGGCGCGGACCAUAUUACAAUGCUCAUCAACAGCAACCGGGUUCACAUCCUCCGCCGCCAUACACCAUUCCAUCUCCUUAUCCGCCAUCUCAUCAGGGAAACUACUAUAGGCCUCAGUGAACUCGAAUCCUGAUCAGGUUAUGCAUCUUCAUUUUCAGGUUGGUGCAGUUGAGUUCAGCCAGUGAAAUGGUAAUGUACUGUGUGCAGUCCCUUGUAAACCCUACCUUUAAACAUAGUUCCUUCAGUCAUCCUUAAAUAAUAUGUGGAUGUUGCGUUGUUC